AGAGUGGUCGUUGUCGUGGUCCUCGUUAUCGUCCUAUGGGAUCAUCUUGUAGCUUUCGUUGUCUGCCUCUGCCACGCUAGAUGACGACCAAUACAAUCACAUCAUCAAAUGCAAAUGCUUAUCGAUCUGGGUCGUCUGGAAAUAAGUCAACGAACUUGUACGAUGUUUAUGCUACUAACUUGUUCAUUCAGAAACAGAAACGAACUUCCGUAGCUACAGCAAGUAGCCUGAGACGAUUUUUUUUGUUUACGAACACAAACAUGGCCGGUAUUACCAGGGCGAGCGCAAGAUGCCCCCCGCCUCUCGCGUUGCCGGGAUUGUCGAAAGCCUGAAUGGUGCGGCAGCGGAUCUCCAACUUCACGUAGUGACAGUUGAAAACCGCUUCGAAGAGGAAAUAGAACUGGAAAGAGAAAUCCAAUCCUGCUGGAGUAGUGCUUGCGACCCAGCGCCCGCGGGCACCAACGCCUACCAAACUUUUGCCGUACUAUGCCACUUUACAUCGGUCCGUGGCAGGAGUACCGGCUGGCGCAGGUGAUCGCGAACCACGCCAAGGUCAGCGAGUUCGCGCAGCACGGCGACCACCGUCGUGCCGGGGGAAACAUUUCGAGUACGGUUGGAAAUGGUACCUCGUCGCGACGCACGCAAUCGGACCAACUGACCGAAUACCACCGAUACUGGGAGCGCGCCAGCAACAGUCUCCAGGCCUUUCCUACGUCUACCCGCAAGUACUCGAACAGCUUGCUACACCCGGAAAAGCGGCUCUCAGAAGCGGAUGGCACGACAGCAGCCCGGGAGCUGCUACCCGACUACAAUUUCCGCACCGGGCCCAUUUCAUCUUCCUCUCCCGCGGCGGGGAAACAGCAGGAGGCCGCUGAACAACAGGAUGCGCUGGCACAGUUUCUCGCGGACCAGGGCAGGCACGCGGAAGUUGGACUGUCUCAGUUCGCGAGAAGAACUACCUCCUCCGGUCUUCCUUCUUCGAGACCGCGCGCGAGCAGCGGCAUGGCCGCUCUCCACCGACGAGGAGGUGGCGCUGGCAGCGGAGCAGCAUUAUCUACAACCACCAAUCUUGCCACCACAACCAACCUGACGCACAAGAAGCGACGCCUCCUGCGGAUCGAGAGCAUGAAAAAGUUGUACGGGCUGUCCACUGACAGCCAAACUUUGGACGUCUGUCUCGAGGUAUGCAUUGCAAACAUGUCUGGGUCUGGAAAGUUGUGAUGCUAGUCUGCGGAUCACAAGCAACAUCCAAUAUGGCGGGGACACGCAUGACAAGUUUCUGAGGGACUAGUUCUUGCGUAGACUGCAUGAAAAGCUGCGUUUUUGCAUAUACUAAAAAGCAGCGCGGUAGCGGAACGUGCAUCUACUUCACAGAUCUUUGUCUCCUGUCAGCAGAGCAUAUACAAGUCUUGCAAUUUCCCAGACCCAAACAUAUUUGCAUUUGAUACGAGGACGACGACACCGGGGCUGCGCUUCCGGACCACGAUCUUCAGCAGGAUCGCGGACAAGAAAAGUAUUUCUUGCCACGACAAGCGGUAGACAUCGAAACUACGGGGAGAAUAACUACACCGCCGUCAAAUACCUCGCCCCUCACAACUACAGGAAUUAUCAGCAGCGCCGCCGUGGAGGACAUUUUUGCGAAGUUUCAGAACAACAUGCUGCAAGUGGUCGAGCAGCUCACGCCGUCGAAAGUCGCAAUGUCAGGUAAUAAAAAACCGGAGGAAAGCCACCAACACCUCCUCCCGGAAAGGACCGCAAGUUCAUCUGGCGCCAGCAGCGUAAUACAAGAAGGUCCACGACCUCCUCCUCCUGUGUGGACCAGUACUAAUAUUAAAGCCGACAGCACUAGUGGUGCUGCUUCUUCGAUGUCGGAGACAGAAAAAGAAAGAAAAGGGAAAGCUCAUGAAGAGGAAGUGCGUGGUCCGUCGAAACAAAACCGACAAACGCCCGGCGCUCCUGACAACCCCACGGCCUCCGACCCACGCCGGGAAACACGAACAGCAGAAACUACACAAAUGUUGCCUCUGCAGCAGAAGCACGACCCACGGCAGCCACAGCAGGAUCAUCAUGGAACAACACCAACAGAACUACAACUACCCCAUGGUGCCCAGGCUCCUGUUUUUGACCGACGAGCCGGCUCCACGGACGAGAGGGAGGAAGAACCCUUGCCGCUGGCAGAUCAUGAUCGCGCCCAGGACGAGGACCGGCAAGAGCCCGGGUGGUCGCAACCAGCACGAGAAGUCGACGUCGUCGAUGACGCGAUAGCACAGCUUCUCCUAUCGCAAGAAAAAACUGUUUCACUGUGAACUUGUGAUGCAGAAAAUGGAACACAGAAGUAUUUGUCUUGCUACACCUGCAAGGCAUUGGAAUUUCAAGCGUGUUUUCCCUUGGUAAACGCGCAUAACAGGUUUUUAGUCUCAUGUGUACCAAACUUGUGAUGCAGAUCUUGCAACAUCAUCACAGUGAAACUGGUUUUUUCUUUGCAUAUCUCAAGGAACAGCGCUACACGCGAUACGAACCUAUCAAAUGCAAAUCAAGUCGAUCGCCUCUGUGUCUGGAAGCUGAAGUUGGAAAGUUUCCUACAGGGUACUGAGCUUAAAAAGAUUAACUGAGGCAUGAUUCUACAACUAUGCUCGGGAUUUUUUUAAGUAGGUAGAGUGCUUCGAUACCUAUGAGUAGUCCCCAAGCAUUGCCGACAAGGGCAUGGACUCGUGCCUGCUGCGAAGACGAAAAUGCAGCAGCUUCAUAUACUGCACCUCCGUUGGCUUUCCACAGCUGCCAGAGCGAUCAUGUUUGCAGUUGAUAGAGCCCACACCGGGACAAAAGAUCUUGCAGAAGCACUACUUUCACCAGACUGGCGUUGGGGUAUCGUCACCGGGCGGGGCAGCAAGGAAAAAGAAAAGGUACUACUUAUAUUGAGCAGGAUUCGAAGAAACUUUUGGUUUUGCGUCUCUGUCGACGAAAUUUAUAUCACUGAGGUCGUAUUUCGUAUUUGUACAUAAAAAGCAACGCAACUAAUGCCUCAUUCCGAGAGAAGAAGCCGUUUUUUCGCUGUCAACGUCUAGAACAAAUAACCUUUCUAACGUUCAAGAAAUUAUCGAACUACUCUACAGUACCCGCACUGGUGCCACACCGGUUGAAAACAAAGCGAACGUACCAGCGGAUGUAAGGAAGGACCAGGCUGCAAGUUCAUCAUCCCGGCGACCUCACGAGAUCAUAAACAAGUUGUCUACAUCAACCACCGGUGCUGCCACAACUGCUUCUCCAGCACUAGCAAACUCGCCGAAGGGAGGUGACGCUGGGCGGGUCGUGGAAAAGAAGUUGGGUGUAUCUUCGAGCCUGUCGUCUACUUCCCCAAGUUCAACUACGAGCCCGACCCGCUGGCACGCGUCGCCGUCUCGCCGUAGCACCCGGCUGACGCCCGCCUCUCCCUGGUCGCUGCGCACAAGUGGGGAGGAUGAUCUUAUCGCUUGGUCAAAAACUUUAAAUAUCGACGAUUUGGACUUCACGUGAGGAGCCGCGACGGAGGUAGAAGAGCUGACGAAGGUAGUUUGAACGAGUAACAGAACCAAAAUGUCGACUUAAUACUCCACUUGAUAUCAAGAUCUAUCAGGUCUUCGAAACGAAAUAGUAAAUGCAAUACGACGCUAUAAUUCGCGAACUUGUACUUUUUCGAUUGUUUUCAAGAAAAUAUUGAAAGAGAAAAAGAU